AUCCCUAUGGAGGAUGAACCUCCUCCUUCUCAAGGAGUCAGUGCAAAGGUCUUGGAGGCAACAUUAUUGUCAGCCCUGAAGAUGCUGGAUGUUGGGAAAUGGCCAAUUUUUUCUCUCUGUUCCCAAGAAGAGCUCAAGUUAAUUCGUCAAGCCUGUGUAUUUGGCAGUGCUGGUAAUGAAGUGUUGUAUGCAACUGAAAAUGAUGAGGUUUUUGUGCUUGGCAUGAACUGCAGUGGGUGUUUGGGGACAGGAGACAUGCAGAGCACUAUUGAACCAAGGAGGUUAGAUUCUCUAUGUGGCAAAAAGAUAGCCUGUCUGAGUUAUGGAAGUGGCCCUCACGUUGUUCUUGCUACAGAAGAAGGAGAAGUGUAUACAUGGGGUCAUAAUGCUUAUAGUCAGUUGGGCAAUGGUACAACAAAUCAUGGGUUUGUUCCCUGUCAAGUCUCUACUAACUUGGUGAACAAGAAAGUCAUUGAAGUUGCCUGUGGCUCUCAUCAUUCUAUGGUGUUAACAUCUGAUGGAGAGGUAUACACAUGGGGUUAUAAUAACUCAGGCCAAGUUGGAUCUGGUUCAACAGCUAAUCAACCGAUUCCCCGGAGAGUUACCAGCUGCCUACAGAAUAAAAUAGUAGUUAAUAUAGCUUGUGGACAGAUGUGCUCUAUGGCUGUAGUGGAAAAUGGAGAGGUCUAUGUCUGGGGUUACAAUGGGAAUGGCCAGCUUGGCCUGGGCAGCAGUGGCAACCAGCCAACGCCAUGCCGCAUCGCAGCUCUGCAAGGCAUUCGUGUACAGCGGGUUGCCUGUGGCUAUGCACAUACGUUAGUGCUAACAGAUGAAGGUCAGAUUUAUGCCUGGGGAGCCAAUUCAUAUGGCCAGUUAGGUACUGGGAAUAAAAGUAACCAGUCUUACCCUACAACAGUUAUUGUGGAUAAGGACAGAGUUAUAGAGAUUGCAGCCUGCCACUCUGCUCACACGUCGGCUGCCAAGACCCAGAGUGGCCAGGUGUACAUGUGGGGCCAGUGCCGUGGGCAGUCUGUGACCUAUCCCCACCUCACUCACUUUGCCUGCACUGAUGAUGUGUUUGCUUGCUUUGCCACCCCUGCUGUCAUGUGGCGUCUGCUGUCAGUAGAGCCUGAUGACCAUCUAACGGUAGCCCAGUCACUAAAGAAGGAAUUUGACAACCCUGAAACUGCAGACUUGAAGUUUCUAGUGGAUGGAAAAUACAUUCAUGUUCAUAAAGUCCUUCUCAAAAUUAGGUAA